AUGUCCGUCUUCCAACAGUCGCGACGGACGUUUGGAAAGAAGAGUGUACUGCCAACAACACACAGCAACAGCGCAGCCAACCUGGCUCAGCCUGUGCUAUUUGGACUUACUAGAAAGCAGCUUUCCCUGAUUGUGUUGGUUGUCCAGAACAGUACACUCGUAUUGAUGAUGAGGUACUCACGCAUUGUGCAAAAACCGGGACAAACAAUGUACAUUGCGUCAACAGCCGUAUUUUUGGCCGAAGUUUUGAAGAUCGUGGCAUGUUUGGUUGUGAUGCGACAUCAACAAGGUACCUGGGACAAGUUCAGUGCAAUGGUGAGAAAAGAGAUUCUGGGUAGACCCGGUGAAACGCUCAAGAUGCUGAUUCCCUCGGGGCUGUACGCAUUGCAAAACAAUCUGCUCUAUGUGGCAUUGAGUAACUUGGAGGCAGCGACAUUUCAAGUAACGUAUCAAAUGAAGAUCAUGUCAACAGCAGUGUUUAGUGUAGUUCUGUUGGGCAAAAGCCUCAGUAGAGACAAAUGGCUGGCUUUAUUAUUAUUAAUGAUUGGUGUCACACUUGUUCAAUCUCAAAGUAUGUCUUCAUCCUCAUCAGCAACAACAGCAUCAGCAAAAGACGAAAUCUUACUGGCACCACAGAACCCGUUCAUUGGAUUUAUGGCAGUGAUUACGAGUUGUGUAUCAUCUGGAUUCGCAGGCUGUUAUUUUGAAAAGAUUCUCAAAACGUCAGAUACAUCAAUGUGGGUUCGCAAUAUUCAACUGGGCAUAUCAGGGGCACUAUUUUCGCUAGUGGGGAUGCUUGCUUACGAUAUGCAGCCGAUCGUGGAAGGUGGAUUGUUACAAGGUUAUGAUUGGCUUACUUGGGUUGUGGUUGCAAAUCAAGCUUUGGGUGGUCUUUUGGUAGCCAUUGUGGUGAAAUACGCUGAUAAUAUUCUUAAAGGUUUUGCGACGAGUCUGUCUAUCAUUGUGUCGGGUGUUAUUAGCAUAUACCUUUUCAGUUUUCAGCCUUCGGGUGUCUUUAUCGUAGGUGCCAUGAUUGUGAUGGCUUCUUCCUAUCUUUAUGGUAUAGAUUUUUCAAAGCGAUUCCAGGGUCGUAUCAAACCAUUAUAA